GACUAUUGUUAACCCCCUCUUCUAUGCAUCACAUUGCAUGGCAUGGCAUGUUAUAUUAGAUGACGAGUCGGACGAAGAGUUUUUGAUGCAACAGUUCAACUGGUUCGAAGAAGAUCAAGACCAGCUCGGUAGCAGCUCACAGAUGAAUUCGACCCCACGCUCUUCAGGAAAACAGAAGCAGAAGCAUAUACAGACGCCAAAGCAACAGCCAGAGCCACAGCAACAGACAUCACAGAAUGAACAGAUCGCAGCUGUGGAGUUGAUCACCAAGAUCAUCGCGCCACUUUCGAUUUCAUGUCUGGACACAGCAAUGACUCAAUCUGAAGAUUUUAUGCAGGCGAUGGAGGCCGAAGGUGAUAUCAAAGUCCAUGCGGAUGAAAUUGAGGAGCUGUCCAGACCACUCUCGGCGCUUAGCUCGACAUCCCGGGGAUCGAUUCACAAGAUCAAGAAGGCUAAGGUGGUCGAGGUCACAUCAUCAUCGACGACUAUACAUGUAUCGCAGGAUGGUACUCUGAUGGAGUCUCAGGCUGAGAUGACUACUACGCUCGUGUCUGCAAGCAACGAUAGUAGUCAGAGCACGGCAGCAUCUGCAAUGGGUGCCGAUCUACAGUCAACCACAGCAGAGGCGGCGGCACCGAUGAAACCGAAGAAGAAGGCGCAUCGAUCCAAGCGCGGCGGAAUCAAACAGCGAGAGAGACAGACGAACAGACAGAUGGCCGUGGGCCAUGAUGAUGACGGACUCAUGUUCCUGGAGGAACCAAGCGAUGACGACGAGGAUGAGGAUAUGUUGGCGAUGCAGGAUUACUUGCAGGUAUUGCACAGCAACCCUCUUUGCGUUCAUCUGUGCUACGUCUUUUUCGAUUCUCAUGCCGCUCCGUUUAUAUGAUGAACAUCUAGAACACAGGUGAUCAUAGCAGUCUGGAUCAGCUGGAGUCGCUGCUGGGUGCACUGAAAGGCCUCCAUGCGGGUGGACAGGGUCAUUCCAAGAACGCCGGAGGUCUCAGACCGGACGAUUCCGACUAUGAACAACAGGCGUCUGAGAUCGAUA